UUUAAAAUUCUUGUAUACCCUCCUCUAUUUUUUUGGGUAUUGCACCAAGUUAGGAAUAAGCACAAAGUGACUCAAAUCUAACGGUGUAAACCAAUACCAGAAAUUUUAUCCUAAACUUUUGUACUAGCAAUUGAUUAGAAAUCAGUCAGAAUCUAUCAGAUUUCCUAUAAAAAGUAAGUAAAUAAUUUUUAUACAAGUGACUUCUGGUCCAGGCAUUUUAAACUCUAAAAUUUUUAAAAAAAUCUGGAAACUGCAGCUUUUACCACACAGAGUUUCUAGACAAUUUAAAAUUCUAUUGAUAUUUUUCCUUGACAAUUGGAUAAGUUGCAUUUUCUCUUUAGAACCUAAAAAAUUAACACUCUCUGUUAAUUGUGUACGUCAUUAUCAGAAAAACUAAUCUCUUCACUUUUUAAUUGUAUCAAUUUAUUUGAGGAGACAACUAACUAGCAGAAAUAGAAAAUGUUUUACAAAAAUAAAAAUUAUUUACAAAGUAUGAGUGGGAAGCUGCAAAAAUCAAAUUGUUUCAAGAAUCCUGAAAGUCUAAUUUCUGAUUUUGAUUCAUGUGGAGAGAGUUUUAUAACGGACAAAAAAAAAUGAAUGACAGAAUUCUCAUCAAAAUAAGGAACAUUUCACAAAAAGCCUAGAAACUGCGUGUCCCAUCUAAUGUAAGAAAAAUUAAAUCAUAUAUAACACGUAUUAAGUAUAUUAUGAAUUUUUCAAUAGUUAAGUAUUGUUUUAAAUUUAUCACUCAGAGCCCGUCAAUACAAAAUUGAAUUGUUUACGAGCGUCAUGAUUAUGAUUUUAGUGCAGGAUUUUUUCUACUACACAUUUCUCACACAAAAAUCUUCGUUUAUUUCAGUUUCUAAAGAAAUUUUUUGUGAAUGAUUUUCUUAUCCUGAUGAGAUGAAUUCAUUUUUUCCCUGACUAUAAAACUCUGAAACAAUUAAAUUGAAAUCUGUUCACACCAUUAAUUUGUUCAUGAUUUUUGAAAGAAUUCGUGAUAGCUUGAUGUGAAAAAUAUUAAAAUUCUGUUGCGCUAUUCUGUACUUACCUACUAUUCUCUUUUAUGUUAAAUUAAUGUUGUGUCAAAGCUAUUUUAGAUGUUUAGCUUACUAUAUUGUAUUAGGUAAAGGUAAGAUCCCCAUCUCCUUUUUGUAGGCUUACUUUAAUCAUUGAUUUUUCUCGUAUACUAACUUUACUUAAGUGUUAGUUACUUUUUUAUAAAUGUUGUUAUACCUACCUACUAUUAUAUAAAUAGCACUUUUAAGCAUUUUUUCACCACUUCUGCCAUGAAUCUAUUUGUCUGUUUAUAUGAUAAGAUGGAUAGUAAGUGGUAAUGGGUAUUUCAAAAAACUAUGAAUUUUUUGGGAUGCCCCUUAAAUUAAAUAAGUGUAUAAAAAAGACGGUAGAUAGUAACCUGAUAAACAAUACUCGAGAGCAGAAAUCUUCGUUUUUAAUUUUUAAGAUUUAUAUAAGUGUAAAUUUUCAAAUUAGGCUUAUAUUUUUUCAAUGUUACCACCACAGAAACUGUGGAAAUCUCUUAAAUGAAUGCGAUAUAUCCCUAGUCAAGGCACAUUUUUGUAUAUAAUUAAUUAAAUGAACAAAAAAAAAAGAUAUUUUAUUUACACUAUUUACAAAGAAAAAUAUUAUAUUUGUAUAUUUUACUAAUAAUUAUUAUUGUAAAAUUAACCUGUCGCAAAGUUACCUAGAUUUAUUUUUUGUGUUGUUAUAUUAUUUUUGUUUAUUGUUAUAUUUUUGUUUCCUAAUUUUCGAUACUUUUGCCAUGAAAACAAAACCUUAGGUGCCAUUGUCUCGCCCCAUAUCUGAUGAUUUAAUUAUUGCUAAAAUUGUACAGGCGAAAAAAAAAAAUCUAUUGUAGUUUAUAUUUGAUCAAAAGAAAAAUAAUUUGUAUGUAUACUCAUAUCAGCGAACUGCCUUGAACGAUGAAACGGAUGGACUGAGCAGAUAGUUACCUGAACGGAGAAGAUUCUAUUAAUUAUAAUAUUAUCUUAGUAGGACGAUUUUCCAUUUUUGAAACGUCCUGAGCUUUUGUAGUAAAUUUCGCACUCCUUACUUUACAUUUUUCAACCGUCCGAUUAUAAUAAUUUUGUUACCAGAGUUUAUUUGAAAUUUAUUAAAUUGGAUAAAUCUAUUUUAUUUUUACCUUGAACACAUAUUAAUUAUUGUCUAUUGCAACUUCGUAAAUGAAAUGAAAUUAUUGCCCUGCACAAGAAAAUGAUAUUUCUCGAAUAGUUUCCAAUCAAGUUGAAACAAACCUAGUAUACAGGGUGCUCCAUACCGAGCCGGCUAACCAAAACGAUCCAUAUGAAACACUAAAAAAACAUUUUUCAUUGGUGGUAAUUAUAUCUUGCUGCCAAAAUGUUUGUGUUCAAAAAACACUCGAAAUGAUAAUACAUAAAUUACACUCAUUAGGACAAACCUACCCCACUUUUUUAAGGUUUAUUUAACAUCAAUGAUCAAUGUGUUCGUUUCUAAGCAUUCAUAGUAUUUCUUAGAGUAGAAACAGUUUUUUUUUUGAAACUAUUUCGUCUAGAAAUCACAAAAAAUAAUGGGGCGGACUAUUUUCUGUUCAACCUAAUGUGCAAGACCUACAAACUAAGCUCUAUAACCAUGUGAGAAUGGCAUAGCAAAAUGGUCUAAGCCUCAGGUAAGUUUAUGCUGAAUUCUCGAAUCAGAUUGUUGUAAAAAUUUAUCAAAUAACCCCCCUGGGUGAUGAAAAGAUACCUACUGCUGAGAAUGUUAAUAAUGUAACAUUGGCUAGUUUUUCAUCUCUGAUGCUUUUGUGUGGAUCAUUUUGAAAGUCUACUUGGUAUAUUUUUUCUCUACAUUUUUGCAUUUUAGUCAAUGAUGCAUUUUAUAAAAUUUCAGAUUAGCCUUUGAGUGGUAGCACCCUGUAUUAUACACUCUGUACAGGGUGUUCCAACGAAAACUGAAAAAGGGGUUAUUUUAGACUUUUUCUGUAUUUUCUAAAAAAUUCAAAAUAGCCAUCUUCUGCAGAAUUCAGUCAAAGAAACAUUUGAAGCAAACACAAAAGACUUACGCCAUGGUGGAAGUGUUUUCUAAAUGAAACAUCCUGUUAUUUAUUUUUGGAAAAAUUGCAUCUAUAGUCGAUAGUUUUUCUUAUUGUUUCAAUAUUUAAUCCUCAUUAAACUGUUAAACUCAAAAGGUUUGUCAUAGGUAAUACAGGUAUAAUCACCUUCAGUUUACGUCAAAAGAAAUUAGACAUAUUUUAUAAUUUGCCGUCAUGAAAAACGCGUUAGAAGGGAGUAAAAUCUUCUUGCUUCUCUUGCCUGUCAAUGGCUUUUGUAAUACAAAGUAUCAAUCUGUAAUCUCUCUUCUGAUGAAUAUAUGCCUUGGCCAUGUGAUUUAUUUCAAAAAUCACAACACAAAAACCCGGUUUUCUCUAAUGCAAAUUUCGACGAGCUACUACUAGAACUACACUGUACAACUUUUUAACAGAACAGAUAUUUAGAGAAUUAUGGUAACACAUCAACAUAAAAAUAAUAAUAAAUAGGUGCUCGUAGGACUAACUGAAGUUUCUCUAAUCCUUUAGCCACCGUUUUACUGGGAAUUAGCAAUUCAUCCAAAUAAAUGAAAGCUAUAUUGUCCUUCAACUUUUCGAGAGCCUUAUCAAUUGCUUUCUGGAAGCAUGCAGGCGAGUUUACGAAUCCAAAUGACAUCCUCGUGUAUUCAUAAUAUCCAUCUGGAGUUAUGAACGCAAGACUUUUUUUCCACCAGACCCUGCCUUCAUAUCCAUUGUAGAUACUAUAAUAUUUAGUUCAAAGGUUUUGUGAUACAAUAAUUGAAUUCUGCAAGAAAAAAAUACCUACAUAAGACGACAAUUUUGGAUUUUCUCCAACAUACAGGGGAAAUCAAAAAUUAGCCUCUGUUCAGUCCUUGUUGGAACACUUUGCACAGUGAAAGUUUAACUGUCAGGCUUCUGCUACAAGGAAACACUUAAUUGUGUUUAAUCAAUCCAGAAAUGUAAGAUUUUAUCUGCCAAAAAACAUUAAGCUUUUUAUUUUAGAAAACUUUUCAAUUGCCCUGCAUCAAGGUAAUACCUACGUGAUACCACAUCACAACGGUCAAAAAUUUUAGACCACAUUUGAACGUUUUGUGUUUUGCCUAAUCCUGAUAUUUUAUCUAAAUUUUUGACUUUGACCUCAUACCUAUGCAUUAAAAUUUUUGAUUUUUUACAUGUUAUUUGUAUCAAGAAGAUUGUCCAUUAAGGAAAGAAGUUACCUACCUUAUAUUUUAUUUUUGGCAGAUAUUACUUUCUGUGCUAUAUUCCAUAAAGGUAUUUUUACUUUAACCCUUUUGUUCACCUAUCUUUUAGAUUUGAAAAUUGAUAUUUAUAUUGUUAUCAACUUACUGAAUAAUAUACCUAUAUCCUAUUCACAAUCCGUAAAUCUGUUUUUACUAGAACGGCAAAAUCGUGACCGAAAGGGUUAUAAUUCAAGCACAAACGACGAAAUAAUAUGUUCAAAUUUUGUUGCCAUACGGUGCCAGUUUUAUUACUAAAAUAAUUAUUACUUAUUACCCAAAAAGACAUACUUUUUUAAAUUUAAAUUUUAUAUGUCGCCUAGCGUAGUUACCAAAAGGAUUUUCUUGGGUUUCUAUUGAUCCCUGGAAAUUCACUAUACCCCUCCACCAACACUUGAAAUAUUUCAGCUUGCCCGCUGUCAUAUUUCAUUUUUUUUUUUUAGAUUGUAGUUGUUUUUAGGAUCUUUUUUAUAUAUGUAUGUUAUACAAUAAUAUUUUUUUGAUAAUAAUUGUAAUAUGUACCUAUUAAAUGUACUUCAUUAUUAUUUUUGACAAGAUUCCUCUUUCAUUUUAUUAUUUGUCGCUUUUAUGUUUAGUAUUAUGAGAUUAUAUAUUAUAUUGUAACACUUUUGAUUUUGAUUUAAAUAUAUUAUAUUUAAAAGUG